AUUGUUUCCUGUCUGUACCGGAAGUAGUUAUUUAGCAACAGUUAGCAAAAGCUAGUUGUGUGAUUUAUGUUGUGCAUUAAGUAAAGGACGUUAUAAACAACAUGUCAGGGCAGACGUUAACAGUGAUAGUUGCAUACGGAUCUGCUAAGCACAGCAUCACAUUAACUGGCCAGGAUGAGGGCAAAGGACCCAUUGUCAAAGACCUCUCAGAUGCUCUUGCCCAAGCCACUGGAGUUCCUCAAACGUCACAGAAACUCAUCUUCAAAGGAAAAUCCCUGAAGGAUGUGGAGGAGAGUCUGUCCAGCUACGGAGUAAAAGAAGGCUGCAAACUCAUGCUGAUUGGAAAGCGGAAUAGUCCUGAGGAAGAGUCUGAACUGAAGAAGCUGAAAGACAUUGAGAAAUCUGUAGAACAGAGCGCUAAAAAGCUGGAGAAGGUCGACGGGGAGUUGACUGGACUCAAGAACGGCUUCCUUGCCAAAGACCUCCAGGCCGAGGCGUUGGGUAAACUAGACCACCGAGUGAAAAUAGCAGCUGAACAAUUCAUGAAGAUUCUUGAGCAGAUUGAUGCUAUGAAUAUCCCAGAUAAUUUCAAUGACUGCAAAAUGAAGAAAAAGGGACUUGUAAAGACCGUCCAGGAUUUCCUGGCACAGUGUGACAAGAUCGAGGCUUGUAUAGCGGACCACCAAUCAAAGAUCCAGUCGAAAAAUCUCGCCCUGCCGGAGUAAGCGAAGUGUCCCAUAUCAUGUGCUAAUCAUUGCUCUGUGAGCAGCUGUGUACAGAAAGCAUCACGAGUGGAUGCGGUCUUUGUCUAUUUAUUGUUGGGUUGAUCAUGUGUAUGAGAGAGCCCUCAUCACAGUGAGUCCUGAGAACAGAAGGAGGCUGGUUCUUGGCUCUAUGUUAGGUACAUCUGGGAUACGUCCUCUGGAUUAAAGAGAAAUUAAGAGCUCCUCAUGAAAUCAGAACAACAAACACUGUGAAAGUUUUGAUUUGUGGCAAAUAAUGUAGAUCAGAGGUUUUCAAAAUGUGAGCCCUGAAAAAUAUAUAGACAAUCGCAUAGAAAAACCUAAAUUAGUUAAAGCUUUUGGGAAUUAUACUGUUUUUACAACUUUCCCAGAGUCAGAGACUGAGUCAUGCCUUAAGACAGACUUUUUAAAAUACAUUUGGUGUAGUGUAAAGUUAUGUCAAAAAACUAUAUUUGGCCAUGUCGCCUCAAUUGUUAAGUGGCUAUUGGAUGAUAGGCAUCCAUGAUUUGAGCAAAGCAAAGGGGCCUUUCCCAAGCUUUGAGUUUUGAAAACCUCUGAUUUCUCUUUAAAGCCCCCAAAUAACUACCACGGCCAAAUUAUUCAAGAAAUCUGUUAAAACGUCAUCAGUUUAUCGUUAAGUAUCUGAAAUGGUUCAAUAAUACAGAGAACAUGUUGUUCAUCUCCUUGUGGUGUACCGACUGUUUUGAUGUAGAAGUUUGUACACACCUGUACAUCAAUCUGCAUACAGAUUUCAGUCUUUUAGAAAAUGGGUCUAUCACCAACUAUUAUCUUAUAUAUGGUAAAUAUACGGUAUAUGGUCAUUUGAAACUCAA